GUGGGUUCCCUGCCAGAGCCCAUCCCAAAAGAGUUAAAGCCUCUCUCCCCUUCCAGCCUGGGGAAGUGGAAUUAGUCACAGCCCUCAGGAGAAGUGCUGGCCAGGUUAUAAAAAUGACAAACGAGCAGAAAUCAAUAAUGAAAUUAGUGUUUUCUGGGAAUGCCAGGCACAAAAGGAAAAGUACAUCAGCACGGGGGCGGUGCUGAGAUGGGCUGCCCCGUCCCUUGAAGUGUCCCUUUCUCCUCCCCAUCAUCUCUGAGUCUCCCUGGCACCAUCCACAGUGGGGUGGCUCUGCACACCAGCACCUCCCUGGGGUUUUUGGUUCCUCUUGGAGCAGAGCUUGUGUGAUUCCAGCUCCCUCUGGGUGCUCCUUCAGCACGAGGCAGCUCCGGGAUGUGGGAAAUUGGGGAUUCCAAACGGUGCCCCCGAGGAAGUUGAGUUUCAGGAUACAGGGGAGCGUUCCCACAGCAGAGAGGGAGCAUUGGAGGCCACGUUUCCUUUUCCAAAGGGAUUUGGGCAUGUCUGGAAAGGAAAUGUCUGCCUAAUUAGAUGGCUUGAAAAUCUUUACCACCGCUCGUUACAAAUACAUUCAUCAUCCCCCAUUGAAAGAACCACGCUGCAGAAAUGACAUUAUUGUGAUUAUUAUUAUUUAUGGUGUGGAUAUGAAUGAGCUUAGUCCCGUCCUAGCCUGGGCUGGGUUCACAAAGUGACCCAACAUCCCAGUGCUGCUUCUUGGCCCUGGUGUCACCUGGGUUCUGUGCAGCCAUAAACCAAAUUUGGGAUGUCUUGGGAAUUUGCAGCAGUCCUUUAAGGUGGGCAGCUUUAAAAUGUGUAAGAGAGGGGAAAAAAGUGCCCCAGGGGUGUAAAUAAGAGAUGGAGUGAGGGGGGUGAUACCUGUCAGAAAUCAGUGCAGGGAGGGAGUGGGGAAGGCUGGGGUGGCAAGGGACUGAGCUGUUCCAGGGGAGCAGGAGGUGUCUGCACAGCAUGCCAGUGUUGGUGGCUUUCCCAGGGUAUUAACACAUUUCUCUAAUUAAUGCAAAGUUCCUUAAUCAGCCUGGGAUUCUGGUUGACCUGGCUGGGUGUCUGCUCCCUCCUCUGGGAUGUGGUUUCUCUUGGAGGCAGUGCCCGGUGCCUGGAGCUCUGUCACAGCCAUGAAGAGCCCCAGGGAUGGGUGGCAGAGUCUUGAUCCAUUGUGGUUCUUCCCUGCCUGCGAUGGCCUGGGUGACACCCAGGCCUUGAGGAGCUGUUGCAGAGCAAGGGGUUAAUGGAGGCUGAGGGGGAUGGAUACCUGGGAAGAACUCCUGUUCCUCCAAGGAAAUCACUGAUCUGGGAUACUCACACUGCUCAUUUUCAAUGUGUUGUCUCCAUCACCACUUCCCAGUUGGAAUUAGUGGGGCCAGUUGGACAAAGUGGGCUCAAAGCAGGAGCUCUGACUCCAAGCACUCCAAGAACUCCUCAAACUUAAAAAAAUCCCAGAGCAAAUCAAUCCCACCCCCUCACUGCCUGGAUGGAGUGAGGCAACGCUGGGGAGUGAAGGAUUCCCACCCCCUCUUUGCCAUCAGCUGGGCAGGGAAACGGUGAGCAGUGUCCUGCUGGGAUGAGAUGGCCCUCAGGAGCACCAUGCUGGGAUCUCUUGGUCCCACAGGGAGCUGCCAGCACCUGCCUGAGGCACAAUUCCACAUGCCAUGGCACGUCCGGGCUCUUCCACCACCACGGAUCCAUCGGAGCCGCGCCGGUGCGAGGCAGCCUCCCCGCCUUGGGUCCCUGCCAGCGCCAAGAGCUCUGCCCCGUGCUGGUGGCACUGGUCCAGCCCCCAGGCUAAUGAGGUGGCUCCCAAUCCUGGUUAAUCAUUUGCCAGGGAGCGCUGCCGGGGUGUAUGUGAAUUCCUCUCUCCCGUGGACGCGCUGCGGUGCGCUCGGCUGUCGCGCUCUCGCCCCGAGCUGCUGCACCGAGUGUUUUGCAACAGAAAACCCCAAACCACAUGAAAGCAGCCGAGUUUCAUGUUUCACUGCAACCCCAAAUUCAGGUUUGCCAGGAGUUUCAGUAGUUUUACGAACCUUUCCCACGAACCUGCAGUGAGAGCUGUCGUUGAGCCCGGUGUUGAUGCAAACCCAGGUGUGGCUCCGGUCGCGUUUGAGGUCUGUGCAAAUGUGAAAUCCGAAGGGUUUUGAGAGGAAGGAAGGAGGGAACCCAAACACACGUCAGGGCAGUGCUUGCAGAGAGCCCUGUGCACAUCUGGGGCCAAGCUGUCAUUCCUUGGGGACCCAGCACCGCGGCACCCAUAUUCUCUACACUGAGGGAUGUUCUUGGGGAUGCUCUGAACCAGCUUGGCAGCAUCACCCCCAAACCAGCUGCUAGAAUUUGAUAAGUGCUGGUGCUCUGAGCAUCCUGGCUCUGGAGAGUGACCCAAGGACCUUUUGGAGGCUUAUUCUGGUGUCUGCCACCUCUGGGGCUGCUUUUGCAGUGGCUAUGGGUUUGCUUUAGGAAAAAGCCAGUGAAAGCCAGCGGUGUGCACAGAUGCUCCAAAAAACAAGCGUCGGGGUGGGGAUGGGGCUCCCUCUGAACCACGCCUGGCGCACACCCAGCCCUGCCUCUGGAUUCUGUGUGUUAUUGGAUCCGCCUGCGGAUCGCUUUUUCGGCAGCGCCGGCUUUCCUUUCUCCAGCAAUUUCCUGAAAUAACGUUAGGGAAAUGUGAAAAUCUUGAACUUUUGAACCUCCCCGGAGGACGGCAGGAGGAGGGGACGCCCGCCUCCUCCCUGACGUUUAUUUUGGCUACAGGGCCUGGGGAUGGGGAGGAGGGGGCUCCACAGGCCGCAGAGGAGCAGGAGCAGCGCUGCCCCUUAUUAAUUAAUGACUUUCUCAUCGGUGGGUCACCGAGGCGAGGAAGGCAGAGGAAGUUUUCUUUUGCUGGCAGAUGCCGGGGAGAAGGGGAGUGCCUGGGCUGGGUGGCGAGGGCAGGGGGUGACACUCGGGGUGAUGGAUGGGGCCGCGGGAUUUUCACUGGGCUCUGGACACGGGCAGAGAGGAGCAGAGAGGAGGGAAAGGGGAUAGGCUGUGCCUGGGAAGUACUUUUCCCUCUGAUGAACUUCAGAGGAGUAUAAAUCACUGCCAGGCUGCAGCUGCGGAGCAUGUGACGCUGGCAAAUUAAUGGGCCUUCGGAAAAGCGGCCAUCGCAUUCCCCUCCGGCCUCUUAAAGGCACCGCCGGCCUUUCCAGGGCUGGGAGUGGGGAACUGGGGGGUCAGGGCUGGCCUGGGGGAGCCUCGUGGUCCUGCUGGCCCCUAAGUGAGCUGGGUGUGCCCAUGGAGGUGAUCCAGCAUGAGGGUUUUGUGCUCUCCAUGGUGUGUUCGAUCCGUGGUGGAGCUCAGUCCAUGGUGGAGCUCAGUCCGUGGUGGAGCUUAGUCUGUGGUGGAGCUCAAUCUGUGAUGGAACUCAAUCCAUGGUGGAACUCAAUCCAUGGUGGAGCUGAAUCCAUGGUGGAUCUCAAUCCAUGGUGGAGCCAUGGCAGCGCUCAAUCCAUGGUGGAACUCAGUCUGGGUGGAGCUCUAUCUGUGGUGGAGCUCAGUCCAUGGUGGAGCUCAAUCCAUGGUGGAGCUCAAUCCAUGGUGGGCUCCUGCUGUGGACAAACAGGGCCAAGGUGCUCCUGGGACUGUGAUUUUUGGGUAUCUGGUGUAGUGGUGCCUCUGCUAUCACCUGCUCGAGUUUUGUGUGCCAGAGUGGAGGAUGGAGACAGAUCCAGGGAACCCAAACCUUGUGGCUGGAGUGUUGAAUAUGCACCAGAGAUGCUGAGGCCUUGCCUGGGGGCAGGAGGGUGCUGUGGCAGGAGACCUUGGAGCAUCUUUAUCUUGGUGGCGCCAAGAGGCCGCCACAUGCCGGGGCUGGGCAUUCCCAGACAUCCCAUGCAAACUGCUGGAGACUCUCCAGCUCAUCCAGGGUCUCCAGGGCCACCACCCAAGCCCACCACACCACCUUGCUCCUCUUCCUCUCUCUUUAAAGCAGUGGUGGAAGAAGGGGAGAAUCCAGUGCUGCAACUCCUGCCCAGCGCUGCUGGAAUGUGGGCGGGGGAGGGAGCCGAGCCACCAGCCCAACAGUUAAAAAUUACUAAAUACUUCCCUAAUAUAAUUAGGUUUCCAUGCAGGCAAUUGCCUUAAUUGCCAGAGGGAUGUGGGGCUGUGGGGGGAGAGCCAGGCUGGGCUGGCCCUGUGCUGCUGCUUUGGUCGGUGUCUCAUGUUCUGCUCCAGCUGGAACAAGGGAUUUGAGGGGGGGGAAAUAUUCCCAGGGAUGCCCCAGUAAGGAUUUGGCUGGGCCAAAAAUGAAUAAAAGUGAAUAUGGUGGGGCUGGAAGCAAGUGGUGGCGAGCAGGAUCAGUGUUACCCUCCUCGGAUGAGUUGCUGGAAGAUGAGCUCAAAUUCUACCAGGACAUGCUGCAGUUUAAAUUCCUAUUUAUUUUCUAAGUGCUGUUGGAGCAGGAAAAGUUAGGCAGGCAAAAAAAAAAGCCCCAACCAAACCAGAGCCCAUUCUGUGAUUUACGUGGUACAGGAGAUAAGUGGGGAUUUAAGGAGAAGGGAAUAUAUAAUUGAGACGAACGUGUAACAUGAGCAGGGAUCCAAACAGAGAGAUUGUAAUCAGAAGUGUGAGGAGAAGCUGGGCUUUAUUAAUGAAACGUCUCAUCCAUUUGUCAGCUGAAGAGGAGCAGCCUCCCCCAGCAGCUGGAGGUGCAGGGAUGUGGGAGGAUGUGGGGAUUCUCUCGCUGUUCCCGGCGCAGGGAUCCAGGCUGCCAUCUUCCUGCCCGCCUGGAUGGUGCUCAGCCUGGGAGUCCAGGCAGGAUUAGAGGAAAAAAGGAACUCUCUGUGAAGCUGGAUGUUGUUGUUUUCCUGGCUGGAAUCUGCCCUAGAACUCAGGAGCUGGGGGAGCUGCUCGGCGGGGCUGAGAACCACCCGAGGAAGGGCUUGAUGGAGCUUUCUUCAAAGUCCCUCAUCUUCCUCCUGCUCUCCCAGUGCUUGGCUGCCCUGCAGUCCCCCUCCCCUGAGUGCUGCAAUGCCCAGGCACAUCUGGGAGGUGCUGCUGACCCCGUCCCACAGCCCUGCUGGCUCCCAGGGCUUGGAGAAACCCCUCUGUCCUGGCCUGGAGGCUGCACUCUGGUGCAGACACAUCUAACCCAGCUUUGGAGCAGCACUGGGAGCCAUGUGGAGAGCAUGGAGCACCCAGCCCAGCUCCAGGGUCCUUGGUGUCACAUUUCCAGGAGCCGUGUGCCUGGAGUUCCCAUGGUUUGUUUUCCCUUGCUGUGUGGCGAGGGGGUUCUGCUCCGUGGUGCGUGGUCUGUGCCAUAGGGAUCACCAAGUGCCUGCUGUUGGGGUGACACCAGGAGAGGUGACACCAAAGCCUGGUGAAGGCACCCUGUUCCAUGCCCCACUCAGUCCCUUUUAUCCAGCAUUGCCUUUGGGGCCUCUCCAUACACUGGGGUUGGACAGUGAGGGUUGGACAGUGAGGGUUGGACAGUGAGGGUUGGACAGUGAGGGUCGGACAAUGGGGUUUGGACAAUGAGGGUUGGACAGUGAAGGUUGGACAGUGAGGGUUGGACAGUGAGGGUUGGACAGUGAAGGCUGGACAAUGAGCGUUGGACAGUGAAGGUUGGACAGUGAAGUUUGGAUAGUGAGGGUUGGACAGUGAAGGUUGGACAAUGAGGGUUGGACAAUGAGGGUUGGACAGUGAAGGUUGGACAGUGAGGGUUGGACAGUGAAGGUUGGACAAUGAGGAUUGGACAAUGAGGGUUGGACAGUGAGGGUUGGACAAUGAGGGUUGGACAGUGAGGGUUGGA